AUGAAUAACCAAAGUUUCAAACCAAAGAAUGCCAGCAAGGGGCGGAACAGACUCUCAAAACAAAAACCACUGGGGAAACGGCCCUCGAUCUUCCAUAACAUGUGCAGAGUACUCCAAAUUGGACAUGAGAUGGCGUUGCAGCGUCUUGGAGUUGUUCAAGACGCCGAUACUGAUGACAUCCGUAAAUCACCAUUCCGAUCCCUUCGUCGCAAGGCAAGUCUAUUACCAAACCUCCAAUCCCAAAUACCCCCGGCGCAAAACUGUACACCUUCACCCCUACCCGAGCUCCCAGGGAGGACCGUCCUUACCCAUUCAUCUCUCGCCGGACCCGACCGCCUACGCGCGGCAAUUACAACCCCACCCCAAUCCAAAUCACCCGAACCUUCAAUUCAGCAUUGGGAGGCUGGUGCAGCUGGGGUGCGAUUGUUGGGGAAAGUGCUUGCCGAGGGUGCCAAGACCUAUCUGGAAAAUGGCGAGUUGUUCCUGACGACGAACGGCUGUUCUAACGAAGAGGUAGCUACUACGAAUAUGAGCCCGUUUAAUGGUAUUUUCGCGGUCACGCCGGACAACUUGCCUCUGGCGGUGAAGGUGGGCAAGUCGAUAGAGAUGAUGAGGUUGCUCUCGAGGCGCUUGUUCCGAAUAGGCUUUUGGGUAUAG